AUGAUUGAGGCUUCAUCACCGUUGGCGGCCAUGCAGCCUCCAGCGUUCGUGGGCCAUUGUGGGUUUCGAGCAGAUGCGCCCUCAUCAUAUGCCUCCUUUGCGGCUGCCAAAUCCUUUGGAAACAACAGCUUCAAUUUCAGAGAUCUGUCCAUGAAAAGAACAGUGCAGAAGUCCCAUCCGGACUAUUUCAGUCUCAACCCCGUUCGAGGCUCCUCGCCCACCGCCAGCCUCGCUGCCGAUCUUUCACAAAAUUUCCAUAUUGACCAGAGUCCACAGCUACCCACUCCUCGAAGGGCUCUCUUUCCUAACAGCAUCUUUACAGGACAAGACGGUCGCCAAAACCCCACCACGCCACCGAUACCGUCGUCUUCUCCUGGCGUUCAAAGUUCAAUGGAACUGGACCUCUCGCCUCUGCCACACAAGUUACCCUAUACGGUGGAAAUAGAACUGCAGUCACCCACCCCAGACAUCGCACCUAUCGACUCCUCGAUGUUAUCCGUGCCUUCACCGCCGACUUCUGAUCGUCCCAUGGAUUCAAUGCAGAUCAAUAUUCCCCAGGAACGCCGGAAAUCAGUCCCGCAGCGACCUUCAUUGACCAAGGCUAAGGGCUUCAGCACCGGAAAUCUUCUACCAAGGCCCGCUCCAGAGAGUCAGCUCCCCCCAUUCAAAUUUGGUAACUACUCGAGCAAGCCGGCAACCUCGUCUUCGUUGUCUCUGUCAGAGAUGUUUGCCGACUCACCCACACAAGAUAAACCAGCACAACGGCUAGCUACCCCGGCCUUCGCUCCUCCACGGUCUCGUCCGAGCUUGUCCGGUGCGGGCCAUCCCCGCAACGGGUCUCCCAUUGGAGGACACAUGAGAAAGAGCUCCAACCCUCUGGUUCGGCCUCGUAAGCAAUUUCGACGGUCUUUGAGUAUGUUCGAACAUCCCGAAGAUGUGAUGAAGCAAGAGAAAGAACGACUGAGCCCGCCGCCACCUUUGUUGCCCUCCAUUAUGGAUGCUGAGGCGCCUCAUGUCCCGCAAUUACCACAUUUCAACCCCGAAGGCGAGGCGGGCGCCCUUCCACGAAUCACGAAAGAGACAAUGAUCGACGUUUUAGACGGUAACUUCAACCAUUUGUACGAGAAAUUGGUCAUUAUUGACUGCAGAUUCGAGUACGAGUAUAAUGGUGGUCACAUCGAGGGUGCUGUAAACUUCAAUGACAAAGAAAAGCUGUCCUCGCAGCUUUUCGACGUCGAACCCACAUCGAAGGCACUCCUAAUAUUUCAUUGCGAAUACUCUGCCCAUCGUGCGCCUCUUAUGGCCAAAUUCAUACGCAACAAAGAUCGCGCUGUCAAUGCUGAUCGCUAUCCUGCUUUGACUUACCCCGAGACCUACAUCCUAGAUGGUGGCUAUAGCACUUUCUUUAAAGAUUAUCGAUCUCGAUGUUAUCCUCAGAACUAUGUUGAGAUGGAUGCGAAAGAGCAUGUUCUUGACUGUGAGCGUGGUCUCGGGAAAGUGAAACAGAGAUCCAAACUUGUUCGAGCUCAGACAUUUGCUUUUGGCCAACAUUCUCCUUCGAUCGAUUCAAGUCCUACUGCUAUGGGUCGAAGUCACGUUGACUGUGACAUGGACCUGGACAUGGGCCUGGACUAUACCCCUGCAGCGGCAUCACGAUCAGCGUUUGAUGCUCUAUGUGACCGAAACCACCGAAUGCUUUCAUAUUAG